AUGGCUCGACGCGCGUAUCUCUGUCUCGGUCUUUUAUUGUUCGUCUGCUGCGUGAGCAGCGAAACCCGUGUGAAGCGCCAAGAGGAAGACGGCGCUAGUGAGGACGCUACUCCUGAACAACUCUGUGAUGGUCGCCCUGGUGAUGAGUACUUCCGUUUAACCACAGAAGGCGAUUGCCGUGAUGUCGUCAGGUGCGACAAAGGUGCUGAAAAUGGCGUAACCAGACUAGCUUCAGUACGGUGUCCUAUCGGGCUAGCCUUCGAUAUCGACCGCCAGACCUGUGAUUGGAAAACACAUGUUCCGAAUUGCGAUAAACUAGAAAAACCAAGAAAAGUUCUGCCCAUCUUGAAAACAGAUGAGCCUAUAUGUCCUGAAGGAAACCUUGCUUGCGGCAACGGCGAUUGCAUUGAAAAAGCGCUAUUUUGCAAUGGAAAACCUGACUGCAAAGACGAGUCUGAUGAAAAUGCUUGCACCGUCGACUUGGACCCGAACAGAGCUCCCGAUUGCGACACCAACCAGUGUACACUACCAGACUGUUUCUGUUCCGCUGAUGGCACUCGCAUUCCUGGUGGAAUUGAACCCAAUCAAGUGCCUCAAAUGAUAACAAUUACAUUCAACGGCGCUGUCAAUGUUGACAAUAUCGACCUAUACGAUCAAAUCUUUAACGGAAACCGUCACAAUCCCAACGGGUGCCAAAUUCGUGGUACAUUCUUUGUUUCUCACAAAUAUACCAACUACGCUGCAGUCCAAGAACUGCAUCGCAAAGGCCACGAAAUUGCUGUAUUCUCGUUAACUCAUAAAGAUGACCCUCUAUACUGGUCUGGAGGUAGUUAUGAUGACUGGCUCGCUGAAAUGGCUGGUGCCCGUUUAAUCACGGAACGUUUCGCCAAUAUAACUGACGCCUCAAUUAUUGGUGUUCGUGCCCCAUACCUGCGUGUUGGCGGAAACAAACAAUUUGAAAUGAUGGCUGACCAGUACUUCGUCUAUGAUGCGUCGAUAACAGCCCCUCUCGGACGUGUUCCCAUUUGGCCUUAUACCUUGUAUUUCCGUAUGCCUCACAAAUGCAACGGUAACGCGCACAACUGCCCGUCAAGAAGCCACCCGGUUUGGGAAAUGGUUAUGAACGAAUUAGACAGAAGAGAUGAUCCUACCUUCGAUGAAUCCCUACCUGGUUGUCAUGUAGUUGACUCUUGUUCUAACAUCCAAACCGGUGAGCAGUUCGCACGUCUUUUGCGUCAAAAUUUCAACCGGCAUUACACAACCAACCGUGCUCCUCUCGGUCUACACUUCCAUGCUUCUUGGCUUAAAUCUAAAAAAGAAUUCAGAGAUGAACUUAUCAGAUUCAUUGAGGAGAUGUUGGAAAAGAACGAUGUGUACUUCACCUCUUUAAUCCAAGUGAUACAGUGGAUGCAAAAUCCUACAGAACUUUCAUCACUCAGAGAUUUCCAAGAAUGGAAACAAGACAAGUGUGACGUUAAAGGUCAACCUUUCUGCUCCCUGCCAAACGCAUGCCCCUUGACCACUCGAGAGUUACCUGGAGAGACACUACGCCUGUUCACUUGCAUGGAGUGUCCAAAUAACUACCCAUGGAUUUUGGACCCCACUGGCGAGGGAUUCAAUGCUAAGAAG